AGGGCUCAGUGAUACGCACAGCUCCCACGCUCGCUCGCUUUGACGCGUGAAGCGGUUCGACAGAGGGGCACUGGGAGCAUGCAUUUGCCUUCAACACAACGAUCCACAUCUCGAGACAAACCUGGUGCACCUUUUUAGGGGGGUGGGGGGGCAAUCGAAGAACAGGUUUUAUUGCACCAUCUCGCCAAAUGGAGGGCGAUGCUGCCACGUCUUAUUCCAUAAAACUGUCACAUGUUUCCAAACACACUGCGCUGGAUAUAUUUUCUGUCAAGCGAUAUCUUGCGCUCGGGGUUGUGAAGGGUAUCUGGGACUAGGAGGCAUCACAGCUGCGGACAAAACGCGUGUUAAACCACAAUUUCCCAGUAACUCGAGUCCGAUCGGACUUGACUCCGAGCGUAGUUUGAACUCUUAUGGGCUCCUGUGCACAAAGUGACAGAUCCUCUCCCGAGAUGCCGACUGCGUCCUGGCUCCUGUUCUUUCUCCUGCUGGAUAUCGGAGUCGCUCAAGUUGACGAUGACUUCAUUGGUCUGGGUGAGCUGCCAGAAACGUUUCCUUCAGACCCCCCAGAGCCCUUACCCGUGUUUUUGAUGGAACCAGAAGAGGCCUACAUAGUCAAGAACAAGCCAGUUAACCUGUACUGCAAGGCCACGCCAGCCACCCAGAUAUACUUCAAGUGCAACAGCGAGUGGGUGCACCAAAAGGAGCAUACAGUGGAAGAAAGGGUUGAUGAAAACUCAGGCCUGGUUGUAAGAGAGGCCAGCAUAGAGAUCACCCGGCAGCAGGUGGAGGAGCUGUUUGGGCCAGAGGACUUCUGGUGUCAAUGUGUGGCCUGGAGCUCUGCUGGGACCACCAAGAGCCGAAAAGCUCACGUUCGCAUCGCCUACUUGAGGAAGACAUUUGACCAGGAACCUCUUGGGAAGGAAGUAUCACUUGAACAAGAAGUUUUGCUGCAGUGUCGUCCACCAGAAGGCAUCCCAGCAGCUGAGGUGGAGUGGUUAAAAAAUGAGGAGAUUAUUGAUCCCGCUGAUGACAGAAACUUCUACAUCACCAUCGACCACAACCUGAUCAUCAAACAGGCUCGUCUCUCUGACACCGCCAACUACACCUGUGUGGCAAAGAACAUUGUGGCCAAGAGACGCAGCACCACCGCCACAGUUAUCGUCUAUGUGAAUGGUGGAUGGUCCACGUGGACGGAGUGGUCGGUGUGUAAUAGCCGCUGCGGCCGUGGUUACCAGAAACGCACGCGCAGCUGUACAAACCCAGCGCCACUCAAUGGCGGCGCCAUCUGUGAAGGCCAAGGCAUCCAGAAGCUUCCCUGUAAUCCUCUCUGCCCAGUGGAUGGCCUGUGGACAGAGUGGAGUAAGUGGUCCACCUGUGGGACAGAGUGCACCCACUGGCGGAGGAGAGAAUGCAACGCACCAGCACCCAAAAGCGGGGGGAAGGACUGUGAGGGUAUGGUGCUCCAGUCUAAGAACUGCACCGAUGGGCUGUGCAUGCAGAGUUCCUUGUAUCAGAAGUCCUCUGAGACAAAAGACAAGAGUGAUUUUGGAAAUUCAUUGGCUCCGAGUACAGAUGAUGUCGCUCUCUAUGUGGGUAUUGUCAUAGCAGUGAUCAUGUGCCUCGUCAUCUCCGUUGUCGUGGCGCUCUUCAUUUACAGGAAGAACCACCGGGACUUCAGCUCUGACAUCCUUGAUUCCUCUGCCCUCAACGGAGGCUUCCAGCCAGUCAGCAUCAAGACUGCCCGUAAAGCUGAUCUCCUAACAGCCCCCCCUGACCUUACAUCAGCUGCUGCCUUGUACCGCGGCCCAGUUUACGCCCUCCAUGACGUGGCUGACAAAAUCCCCAUGACCAAUUCUCCUCUGCUGGAGCCUCUCCCUAACCUGAAGAUUAAAGUUUACAACUCCUCAGGCUUAGUGACUCCACAGGACGACUUGGGGGGAGAACUUUCCUCUAAACUGUCUCCAAAGCUGCCUCACUCCCUGCUGGACAACAGUGACGGCACAAUGGGCCGUCGCACCCAGACGCAGACGUUGCUUCGCACAAGGGAUCCAUCCUGCACCGCUCUGGGCUCCUUCAGCUCCCAGGGAGGACACCUCAUUGUGCCCAACUCAGGGGUGAGUCUGCUGAUUCCAGCAGGGGCCAUUCCUCAGGGUAGGGUCUACGAAAUGUACGUGACAGUUCAGAGAAAGGACAACAUGAGGCCCUCGGUCGAAGACGGCCAAACAGUGCUGAGCCCUGUGGUGAGCUGUGGGCCACCCGGGGCCCUGUUGACGCGGCCCGUCAUCAUCACCAUGCACCACUGUGCCGUAUGUGACGGCCAACAGGAUUGGCUGAUCCAGCUCAAGAGCCAGUCACAGCAGAACCAGUGGGAGGAUAUUGUGGUAGUAGGAGAGGAAAACUUCACCACACCAUGCUACAUCCAAAUGGAUGAUGAGGCUUGCCACAUCCUGACAGAGACGCUGGGCACAUACUGCCUCGUGGGCCAGAGUCUCAGCGCUUCAACCAUCAAGCGCCUCAAACUAGCCAUCUUUGGUCCCGUCACCUGCCCUGCCAUGGAGUAUCACAUCAGAGUCUACUGCCUGGAUGACACGCAGGAUGCAUUCAAGGAAGUUCUGCAGAUGGAGAAACAGAUGGGUGGGAAAUUGUUGGAUGAACCAAAGACUCUCAGCUUUAAAGACAGCACCCAUAACCUGAGACUCUCCAUCCACGACGUCCCCCACACGUUGUGGAAGAGCAAGCUACUAGCCAAGUACCAGGAGCUCUCUUUUCAGCAAGUAUGGGAUGGGUCACAAAGGAAUCUCCACUGUUGCUUCACCCUGGAGCGUUUUUCUACAAGCACGCUGGACCUGACCUGCAAGAUAUGUGUGCGCCAAGUUGAAGGAGAAGGACAGAUUUUUCAGUUGGACACAACACUAUCAGAGGAUUCCCAGAGUAUCGACACAUCCCUGCUGGACCCUGCCAGCAACAUCACCACACUGGUGGGGCCAAAUGCCUUUCGUAUCCCCGUUUCUAUUCGACAGAAGCUCUGCGGCAGCCUGGACGCACCGCAGACCAGAGGAAACGACUGGCGGAUGUUGGCCCACAAACUUAACCUUGACAGGUAUCUGAACUACUUUGCCACCAAAUCCAGUCCUACGGGUGUCAUCCUGGACUUAUGGGAGGCCCAACAUUUCCCUGAUGGCAACCUCAGCCGCCUUGCCCAGGUACUGGAAGAGAUGGGACGCCAUGACAGCCUUGUUCCUUUUGUGACUGAGCAUUGACAUCUGCCCAUCUGGGAGUGUGACAGUCAAGAGUGGAAGAAGACACACGUGCAAAAAAAAAGAAACGGAAAAAAAAAACAGAACAGUCAUUUGACAUUUCACUGACAAAUGAUGUUCACGGUGACAAAUGCUGCCUGAGUGUCCUCUCAGAAUAGAAAGAUUACAGCCAGGUUAACUUGCUACUUACUGUAGCCAUGACCCAGUAAAACAUUGGCAACAAUGGAUUUAAAAAUCUGGAAAGUAAACACACAUCUUUGCCAGUCACUUCUCUGGCUGUCCCUUUCUCAAACUACAAUGUGACAUUUUUGGCUCCAGUUUUCUGUUGAGAUGGCUGUGUGGGUAUUUGGAUGUACUGUAUGAAUGUUGACAAUAUCUUUACAGUAUCGAAGAGUUACUGACACAGCAUGAGAGGUCAAAGGAUAGAAGGAGGAAGACUUGAUGAGAGGUGGAAUCGCUCACUUUCACAGAUCAGUUUCCAUAGCAACUCCAAGGAAUUGUAUUUGUUCUGUGAUGACAUAGUAUUUAAUAAUAUCCCUAUUUAUAUGUAUCUUUUUCUUUCAUUCUGCUUGUUAUUGAAUUCGUUGCAGAAUAAUUUCAUAUAGUUGUGUUUUCAUUGUUUGACGGUUUCACAGCCCCAUCUGCUGGACAUCUGGUGCAAUUACGUCCCAUCCAGUUGGCCUUAUACAGUAUACUGUAUAAUAACAGAAGGAGAUCAUUCAAUUUGUGUUCCUGUUGUAAUUACUUUUAAUAUUUUUAGUCAUGUAUAAUUACUGAUUUUUCAGUCAUGCGAUUAUUUUAUAUUAUUGUCUUUAGGAUUUAAAAAAAUGUUGCAUUGCUUAUUUUUGGUGCUUAUUUUUGCUGUUUUUGCUUUUUACUGACUUUUUUUAAGAGAAUUUGGAUGAUUACAAAAGUCUAAAAGGAGAGACCAAGAAAAUAUUAGGCGGAAAAACGAAACUACAUUUUGACUAAGGAUUUUGAUUUGUAUAUUGUUCAGACUUUAUCAUUUACUUGGCAGACUCCAAUUGAGGGAGAUAUUGUAAUCACGCAAGUAUAUUUUUGUAGGACCAAUGCAGAAUAAAUCAGCUACUUUUUAACCAAAUAACUGAUAUCCAAUGUUUGAGGUUAAAUUUAAUACAGGAAGCGCCCAACUAAAUACUGUCAUUUCAUAUGUUCAGAAAUAAAUCACAUUCAUCUGUACUUUUGGAGAAAAGUGGAGACUUGAACUCAGACUUUGAUGUUUGUAUAUUAAAUGACGGAAGCCAUCACUGUUAUGAUGACAGAUUAUGUUCAUAAAGAUUAGUAAUCAUUGUAAAUGCUUUCCUGUAUGCAACGAUACUUGCAAAAGUUCAGCUGUUCUGUGUAGUUUGAUUUUUUAUAUUUUAACUUUUUUUUUUAAUCGCCAUAGUCCCAGUUUUCGUAAAGCUGUCUAUGCAAUUUUUGCAUCCUUUUGAAACAAUCUUUACAUUCUCAUUGGGCUAGCCUUUGCAUUCACUCGUUGUUCUUCAGCUUCAUGAUUAUUAUUGUGUAUAGUGAGAAUGUAGCCUGUCUGUUUCUGGCACUCAUGGGUUUCCUUGUAAUAGCUUGUAUUUCAUCUAUCAAGUUCUUGUACAAAGUGUAAGAAAGAAUUUUUAAGACUAAUAAUAAAUUAUAUUUAUAU